AUGAUGGAGACCCGAGAGGCCAGCUACCAACUGGCUUCCACUGAUGGCGAAAGGGGACUCAUGGAGGCAUACAAUGUCACGAGCGGGACCAGUGUCACUCCUCCCAGUCAACACGACUCCGGUGCAUUUCCCGCCUCUUCGUAUGAGCAUCGCCCUGGACAUUUCCACGACAGCGCAUCCCUUGUCUAUGCUCAGCGUUCUCCGCUCAUCAAAGAGUGCUACGAAGAUCAAUUUCCUUUCGAGUUGGCCAGAGACGUCCACUACAAUCCGUGGUCUCCCAAUUCCACCUCGGCGCCUCCGUGGUGUGCUGCCUCACAAUCGUCGCCUGGUCUGCUCCUCAACAGCGAAUACGGAGGCGCGCCAGCCUUCAUGAUGGGAUACGGCGCCGACAACAUCAGCAGCGAAUACGAAGCCCAGUUGCCCUGGCCAGAGUCGGGACCGUUUCCCCCUCGUGCAGACGUAGCCAACUACGAUGACGACGGUGAUCCGUUUGGAAUCACCUAUUAUACUCCUCGGGGUGUAGACGGCGCUCCAGACUCCAUCUGCGAUCCGAACAUGACUCUUCAUCCUCUCGCAGCCGGAAACCAAGCGUCGAAUCGUUCAACUCAGCAAUCAGUGUCUGAAGUGUCGCCCGGCGGUGCCUAUUUUCGAACGUUGGGCAGACUAGAUUCAGAACAGGCAGCUCCGGUAACGAUGCCAGCUCGUGGAGCGGGAGAGCCAAUGCUGUCAUCUAUGAUUCCGCAACCACUCGACCAGUCUUUAAACCCGCCGUCUCCUCUCUCCGUCAUUUCGCCUCCAUCCUCUCUUCCAUCGUCGGCCCGCAAGCGCAACAUCUCUGUAGCUGAUUUCGAAAAGAGCCCCGUUGCCCCUAAGAAACGCGUCAUCAAGCCCCAGCUGACAACAAAGGUCGACAACAGCGAAGAUUUUGAGAUUCAAAAGGACAGCGAAUCGAAACCCACGGGCAUCUACAAAGCCUAUUUCCACAGCGUUGAUGUGGCCAGGAGGAAACUGCAACGGCUUCUCGAGCUGUAUCGGAAGCCCAAAGAGAGCUGUAGCUUUCCCUUUACUGACGAUACGUUUCCUACCAGCGACGACGACAAGAUAAUCUACAUUAGGAACCUGUUUGACGCCAUCAACGACUGGUCGCAUUUCAGAGAGUGGCCACAGGCUCUCAAGACGGAGGAACGCAACCGAAUCAUGGAUAGCAUGCGUCGUAAACAGGCUGGAAGUGGCGAUGCAGGAGCAGACAUUUCGCUCGACGACAUGCGGCCCAGCCAGGAGGAGCUCGAAUCCAUCCUCCCGCCCCUCCCGGACCAGCAAAAGAAGAUCCUGGGCCGCUUGCUUAGCGAUCAGACAACCGAGUGGCUUUGUUGGGAGCUCAUUGAGGCUUACGAUUCGUUUGCGCAGCGCGUAGAGGCAAUGUGUUAUGCUCUGAGGAAAUCAAAACAACUCGUCAAAUCUCUCCUCUCCGCAGGCGACGGCUGGAAGCUCCGCAUCGCCAACAACCCCCAGGGAGAGCUGGGCCACAAGGGCAAUAACAUGAAAGUAAAUAUGAACAAGAACCGCAAACUGCGCCAAAUCACUCAGGGCACACGAAGUGCCCCCCGCCAGAAGCCCGCACCGAAGCAGUCACAGAAAUAA